UUCUCUCAUUAUUUUCAAAUUAUUACUUGUUGGCUUUUUGUAUUUGGUUUAUUAGGUAUACGAUUUAUUAACUAAAUAACGCUUAUGAUCCCAGAAAAUAUAUUUUUGUUAUUUGGCACAAGUGAAAUAUGAUGUACACUAUAAUGUAAACCUACAUUCGGUCUCAGCUGCAAUUUGUAACAUUUGGCACUUAGCAGCCUGUAGGUUAUGUUUGUUUAUUGUGUACUUGAGACGAGAAGUAUAUUGUGAUUGAUUAUGGCUCCUAAGAAGUUAACUGCAUCACAAAUAUUAUAUUUGAUUGAGAGUGGUGAUGUGUCUGAUAUUGAAGGGCUAAGUGGAGAAGAUGAUACUGUGAUUGACGAAACAGCUGUAGUCAACGAAGAUAGCGAAGAAGAGGUUAUAGAGGAUUAUGAGAACAUUGCAGUGUUAGAUGUACAGAAUGUAGAAGAGGUUGCAGGUGAAGAUGUUCAUGACGAUAUUAGAGAUAUGUUGGAGUUGACCACAGCAAAACAAAAUAUAUCAUGGCGAAGAGGAAUUUUUACCACCGGAGAACCAUCAGAAUUUCAAACUCAAGUUCCAGAACCUGUUUUAGAGCCCUACGAGUACUUCCAAAGGUACAUACCACUGGACUUUUAUGAGAAGGCAGCCACGUUCACCAAUAUAUGUGCGCUUUAAAAAGGUGAAACAAAAUUCGGUAAAUAUGUAUUGUACGGAUUAGCGCAAAAAAAAAACGUACAAAUAUGAAAUAACUUAAAUUAUAUGCUAUCUUACGUCCUCUUUUCAGAACCGCCUGCGGAGAUAAAAAAUUCCAAUUACUUUUGGAGAUAUCGAAUUUUUUAAAAUUAAUUUUUUGGCGAUUUUUUUUAAAAAUAAAUUUAAAAAUCCGAAAAUACCUUUAUUCUGUGCUCUUUAACUUCCUCUUUUCAUUAAACCCGUCGGAGAUCAGAAAUUCCAAAUACUUUAGGAUAUAUGGAAUUUUUUAAUUUUCAUGCUGUUCCCCUUCAGCGGGAAGCCUACGAUUCACACUUCCUUCUGGACAUACCCGAAUACUCACGUUGGCAAGCCUUCUUUUCUUAAAAUUAGCAAGAAGUACUUAAAAAUACUUUAAAACAUUGUGGAUGGUUGGUUAUAUUAGGUAUGUAUAGCUACAUUAAAAAAACUGUAAAAUCAUUUUAUGGUUGCUUAGAAAAUAACUUUUUAAUAUGUAGCUAUCCAGCGCUAGGAAACCGUUUACAUGAUUUCACAGUAUUUUUAAUGUAGCUAUCCUAACCAAAUCAACCAUCCACAAUGUUUAGAAGUAUUUAUAAUGUAGAUAACAUAACCUAAGUGACCAUUAGUUUUCAUGAGUUGCAUAUUUAUUUACAAUAAACAAAAAAAAACCGAAGAUGCACGAUCGGGCGUUUGCCUCUCGUCUGUUGAAAGAAGGCUUGCCAACGUGAGUAUUCGGGUAUGUCCAGAAGGAUGAGUGAAUCGUAGGCUUCCCGCGUUCACCAUUGUUGCUUGUUUACAAGUAUGAUUUUUUUUUUCGCGACAUAGUUGAACGACUACAUCACGUAAAAAGAAAAUUACGUGAGUUCCUAAUGUUCAUCCUUUUUCCCGGUUUGUUAGGUCAGGUCAGCUACAUUACAAAUACUUUAAAACUAAACAACCAUUAAAAUUAAUUUUUAUUAUUUUUAAUGUCCGUUCAGUUUCAAAGUAUUUAUACUGUAGCUGUCCUGACCUAAUCUACCUUUGUCCCGUUUUGUUAGGUCAGGUCAGUUACAUUAUAAAUACUUAAAACUAUACAAGUAAAAUUAAUUGAUAUUAUUUUUAAUUUCCGUUUAUUUUGAAGUAUUUAUCAUGUAACUAACCUUACCUAAUGGAAAAUUUCUGUUAUUUAGGCAUUCACGCACACACAGCAAAAUAUAAAAUUGCAUCUGUUGAAUGAUUACAUAGGGCUUGUAUUGCAAAAUAAGAACGGCGAUAUCUCCAAAAGUAAUUUGAAUUUUUAAUCUCCGCAGGCGGUUUUGAAAAGAGGACGUAAAAGAGCAUAUAAUGAAAGUUAUUUCAUAUUUGUACGAUUUUUUUUGGCGCUAAUCCGUACAAUACAUAUUUACCCAAAAUUCAAGCCUGCGACAGCAGUUGAAUUAGAAAUUUUAUUUGCACUUCACAUAGCUACAAGAUGCCUGAACUUCCCUAGGAUCCGCAUGUACCGUACUGGGAGUUUGUGUUGGGUCUGGGAUUGUUCCAAGAGAAUAUGACGAGGGAUCGUUUUUACCAACUACGAACCAAUUUGCAUUUUGUAAAUAAUUUAGAAAAACCAGACAGAUGCACUGACGUUUUUUGGAAAGUAAGGCCAAUUUUUUAUAUUGUUCGAAGUCGUCGUUUACAGCUUCAUGUUGAGCGUGAAAUUGCUAUAGACUAGGAAAUGAUUCCCUUCACUGAGAAACUUGGUGUGAAGUAAUAUGUAAAGGGAAAACCUAAUCCAUGGGGAAUAAAAAAUUUUGUGCUUUGUGGGACAUCCGGUUUAGCAUACGACUUCGUGCUGUAUCAAGGUAGUAAAACUGGAUGUGACAAUGGCAUUCAGAAAAAAUUUGGUCGGGGUUCGGCAGUAGUCCUCAAGUUGACGGAGAGAUUGGUACAACCAGGACACAUCCUCUUUUUUGACAUCUGGUUUACUUCCUACAAUCUCCUUCAACUUGUAAAAUCAAAAAUUAUUUUAGCAGGUGGAACGACUCGUGAAAAUAGAUUUGCUAACCCACCAUUUACAUCAGACAAAAACAUGAAAAAGACUCAUGUAAGGGGCUACACUGAAGAGCUAGUUAGUACUAUUAGUAUUAUGUAAAUGGUUGGAUAAUAGAACUGUCACAAUGGCUUCCAAUUUUUUGGGUAUUGGGGCCGAAGAUGAAGUGCGCAGGUAUGAAAAGGCCACGAAAACCUAUAUCCCAGUUCGUAGACCUGAAAUUGUAAAAUCUUACAACCAAGUCAUGGGUUGAGUACGACAGAUUUAUGAGUUUUUACAGGAUCAGUCUUAGUUCGAAGAAGUGGACACUGAGAAUGGCAUUCCAUGUCGUGGACAUGGCCAUGGUAAAUGCCUGGCUGGAAUACAAGCGUGACUGCAAGGGAAACAAUAUCCCGAAAAACAAGAUUUUGGAUCAGUUGGCCUUUCGCUUUCAAGUAGUUGAUAGCCUGCUGAAAGUUGGUAAAACAAUAGGCAGGAAAAGGGGACGGCCCUCUUUGGAAGAUGUGCCAGAACUGAAUGUCAACAUUCCUUGGGUCAAGAAGGAGAAAGCUCCUAGUGCCAAUGUUCAGCUGGACAGCGUUGACAAUUUACCCAUUCAUGACCAGAAGAAAGAGCCUACGAGAUUGCUUGAGGCUGGUUGCCGUGUGCUUGGCAGUGCAGUCGCAGCUGUCCUUGGAGGAACCGAGUUCCUGAACGCCUUUUAAAACCAUGGCGUCGUCUCGGGGCAGGCACCUGAAGGAAUGGCUGCGGCAGAGGGAAGAUGAGGACCUGCAGCGUCGGCGAGUGCUGGAGGCACGGGAAGUCGAGCGGUCGAACAUCGACAAGAGGGCCGCAGAGCGACUGGUUUCCCGCCAGCAUCGGGUGCAGCAGCUGGAGGCAGAGACCGAAGCAGCUUUGGCCAAGGCAGAAGAAGCAAAAGCAUUGCGUGCAGCUCUAAUUGAACAAGAGGAGAAACUCGCCACAGAGAUGUUAAAGCAGGAACAUGAAAAGCUUAGGGAAGAAAAACUUAGACAGAAGAUACGAGAGACAAGUGUUGAGUUGCGAGAGCUUGAAGCUAAGUUGCGUGCGGCUUACUUUACUAAAGAGCUGUAUGCUCAGAUAGCUGAGAAGAAAGUUGCAAAGCUUGAAGAAAAGCAUCGUGAACAUGCCGAAGCAGAACAUCAGCAGUCAAUUUGGAAAGAAGAUAAAGAAUUAGAAAGGCAAGAGAAUUUAGAAAAUUUCCAGCGCAAAUUAAAGUACCGAAGCGAGCUCCUGGACCAGAUCGCUGAAGUAGAGAAGAAUCGACAAAAGGCCUUGCUGGAAUUUUUGCGAGAGAAGAAGAUGUUGGAUGAAAUAGUCCAGCGUAUCCAUGAAGAAGAUAUUAGGGAAAUGGAAGAAAGAAUGAUGAAGAUGAAGAAGACACAGCAGGAAAUAGAACUCUUUAGGCUUGCCAGGAUUGCUUGGAAAGAAAAAGAGAAAGCAGAGCUGGAAGAGGAAAAUAGGAAAAUUCUUGAGUAUGUGGAGAAAUGUGAUGCAGCUGAGAGAGAACGUGUCAAAGCUAUGAAAGAACGAGAAGAGAAGAAAUCUAUGGUGUUGGAUAAGUUAGCAGCUCAAAUUUAUCAAGAACAGGUGCGGCGGGAGGAGCAGUUGGCGGCCCUGCAGGAGGUGCAGGAGCUGGAGGCCCAGGAGGAGGAGGAGCGGCGGGAGCGGGAGGCUCUGGAGCGGCAACUGCGGCAGCGAGUAGCGUGGCGCCAGGCCCAGCGCGAGCACAUGGCCGAGAGGCUGCGGCAGCUCAGGCUGGAGGCAGAGCAGGAGCACCAGGAGAGGCAGCAGAUGCUGGUGAAGUUCGCGGAGGCAGAGCGGCUGGAGCAGGCAACAGCGGAGCGGCGACGCCGUGCUGUCUUGCAGCACCGCAGCGCCGUGGAGGCGGAGCUGCGCGAGAGACGGAUGCGCCGAGAGGAGGAGAUGAAGAGGCUGGUGGAACUGCACCAGCUCCAGGCCGAGGAGGAGCAGUCCAGGCUUUGCUUCAUUGAAGAGGAGCGGUUACGUCUGCUGAAGGAGCACGCCGCCCACUUGCUGGGCUUCCUGCCUCGCGGCCUUCUGCGUCAAGACGACCUGCCCCACCUUGGUUCAGAGUUUGUCCAAGGAACUUGAAUGUUGUCAGUAUGCAGGUUCUUCAUCUUGUUGUUAUAACAACAAGUGAUUUUGGAGUGUUUUUUUUACUGAGCAUAAUGCUCACCAACUUGUGACACCUUUUUCUAUAAAUGGUUACAUUCGUCUUAUGAAUGGGUCUGUCAUGUUGUAAAGUGUUUCACUUAGUAUAUACAUGCCAUGUUUUAUCGCAUAAUCGUCGCACAUUUUGUACUAAAAUCAAGUUUGAAAAGUAGGUUUGCAAUUUUUAUGUGAAAAAAAUUUUUUUUUUGUUAGAUGAAGUUAGUCAUAAAAAAAAACCUAUUCAUGGAAAUUAUGUUUAUUUAAAAAGUAGAGUAUACAAACACAUGCCAAAAAAAUUUAAAUUAAUAAUCAUGCAACAAACACAUGUUCAACAUUAAAUAUAAAAAUGAAAACCCUGACCUGAACGUGAAUCAGAACUAACUCAUAACUAUGGUCGUAUUACACACUUAUCAUGAAAGAGUGUGAACUAUCAAAUGCAGUUAACUUGGCAAUAGACAGAGCAUGUGCAUUGCAUGAAAUUGGUGAGCUAUUAAUAUUGAUAUUCGACUAUGUGCGUUCACUCUAUUCGGGAAUUAACAUAACCAAAUAUGAAUGAUGCUACCUAGCGCUGGAUACAUUUUUAUAAGCGUUACACAGUGGUGACAAAGUUGAACGGAUAAAGGUUAUAUAAACGUUUGCAAACAUCUUUAAAAGACAAUUUUCACAUCAGACAACUUCGUAUUUCUGUUAAUUAAAUAAGUAAGCAGUUAUAUCUGAAUGAAUAUUAGAUUUAAACUUUAAAAUACAUUGUUUUAUAUGGGAAAACUAUGAACACAAAACGCUUGGAAUCUAACAGCAGGACCAAAAAAACAUUAUGCAAUAUUUAUGCGAGAAUGUCUUUUCUCCAAAUUUUGAUGCCCUGAAAUAACGGUGCGACAAAUAUGUGAUAAAACACUGUAAUCUCUACACAUCACUGCUUGAAGUUAAAGUAAAUAGAGUAUUGAAAAUUUAUGUGCUCAGUGAUCUCAAACCAUGUCCCUUAGCAUUGGUCAGGGGAAUCAAGUAUGUGAUUUUAACACUCAAACACUUCUUAAUCUAAGGUACCAAUAUUGUGGUUGAGAUUAAAACUUUGUGAUAUUUUUCUAUAGUAUAAAUAGAGUUGUGCUUUACUGCAUUAUCAACAAUGCCAUCUAUUAAAAAAAAGAAAAAAGUUAUGGAUUUUGCAGUGUCUUUUUGUUUUUAUAUUAGUGAUGGGUUAAUUCCUGUUUUUUCCCGGUUCUCGGUUUUGUACUGGUUCUUAAAAAUUGGUUCUCGGUCUUCGGUUCUCACUUAAAAAAUAAAAUAAGGAUUAUUUACACAUUUUUAUGAAGUUUUUCAAGUAAACUAUUUAUUGUUUCAUUUACAAAAAAGCUCUAAAAAGCCUGUAUCCAGAUUUACAUCUUCAACAAUUUACUGUUUAUAACACUGAAAAUAAUAAUUUGUUUGUAUAAUUCUGUCCUCAGUGAUUUUAUUGUAUGCUUACAAAUAAAUGCAUGGGCAUAAUGUUUCAGUCUUUAAAUAGACUAUUAAAACAAAUUAAAAGAUUUUAGUAUAGUUUUCAAGCUACAGCAAACAAACCAACCUACUACAAAUGUAAUAUCUAUUAGUGAAAAAUAAUUCUAAAUAAUAUAGAGAACAAUAAACAAAACUAAAAUUUACUAUAUUAAUCUAGCAAUUACAUCAAAAAAUUUACAUACACACAGGAAUAAAGUAUUACAAUAAUGGAAAUAAAUAAAAUGAUGGUGAACGUUCAAAGAAUUAAAAUAAGACAUUUUUCACCAGACUUAUUGUCUACAUAAAAUUCUUGAGACAAAAAACCAACAAUUUGACCCUUUCAGGGUCUAGUCUGUUCCUUUUCACAUCGUAAAUGACACCUGCAGUGAGAACGUACGCUCACAGACACAGUUGUUGAAGGAAUACAUAGGUUUAAGGGCAAGUUGUUUGAGUCUCUUAUGAUCAGAGUCAUGCCAGUAUUGACCAAUUGCCUUUGGAUCAGUCUCUAGGUUCAGAGUUGAUUAAUGUAAAUAGAGCUUCAUUUCAUCUUCAGCACUUGUAGAUAACUGAGGUCCUGAGCUACUAGAAGCAACAAAGUGCUUGUAUCUGGCCCAAAUGCAGUGACUACUGCCCGUUUGAACAUCACUUGUUUAAAGUGAAGCUACUUUCUGAGGGAUUACACUAGCUUCCUUGAGCAUCUUCAUUUCACAAAUAUUGAUUCUUUAACUGAAUUAAAAAUUUCUUCGUGUUUUCCAUCCUGAAAAGAUUUCAUCUUGAAACAGGGAUCUAAUAAAGUAACCUUUACUAUUAGGUCACAUGUAUGGUGUGCCGGAAAUUAGGUAUUUCGGCACGUUUUUUUUAAUAUUCAUUAUAAUUUUAAAUUAUUUUUGGAAAUUUUAUUUUUUAUAUAAUUGGGUUACAAAAGGGUGAUUUACACUUUGUUAGGCUGGUGUACUCUACUUAGUUAAACUUUGCGGCAGUGGCCCGAGGCACCUUUUCUCAGGGGCCAAUCUGAUCUAAUGCAAACCUAAAGACGUUGUUAGCAGCCUGGAUGACAUUUCUCCCGCUUGCAGUCAUGUCCGGGGCCUGUAACAUUAUUUUCCUGCAUGACUAAAUAUGCACACACAUCUCUGGACGAGUUGUUACCAUUUCUCAGAGACGAGCUUACAACAGCUCUUCCCAUCACGCAUACGUCUUAGGUUCACUCAUAGAAAGUCACGUUAGGACGCGUUUUCCCAUGCCGAGUGGUGUCGUUUCUCCCCCCUCUUACCCCGCCUCCUAGCGAGUAUCAUUGAAAGUUCAAGAACCCAUCAGGGCAAGUGGCCUGAGUCAAAGCUGUUCAGCCUCCAGAACUGUGGUGCGAUUUGGAGACACCCACGCCAUCUAACGAGCUCCUUUAGAACUAACCACCUUGUGGCUGACCAGAGAAAGGCCACCAGCGCUCCCUGUGCGCUUGAGUUGAGUACUUCCAUCCCCCUUCUCAGUUAGGCCGCCAGAGCGCAGCACUGGCCACAGCAUAAGAACACAGGCAUCACCACCUCAACCUUUCUAUAGUUGAUAGGCGGUUGUUUUCGGAGUUGCCCUCUAGACAGCACUGUGAUCGCGCGAAGUUCGAGUUAAACACUCGAGUUGUGUUUUGUUCUCGCCGCGCACCUUCGGGUAUCUUCGGCUAUCUUCGGUACACCCCCACCCCUCCAACCUUUGUUCCGGGGCGGAACACAGUUUUUAAUUUAGAGACUUUCCGCGCGCACCAACACUUCGGCGCACGGUCCUGUCUGGCUGGUGCUACCAUCGUCGACGCUUGUCUCUGCCAAGAAGAACGCCGUCACUUGUAACAUGUAGUCAACAGACUACGAGAGAUGAACUCCUUAAUUUAGAUAGAAUUGUUUAGCCAGUUUCAUAGUCAAAGUGUUAUAGUAGUUUUCUUUUUCUGGUUUUAUUUAAAUAAUAUAUUAAAUGAUGGAAUUCUUGUUAAAAAUCGCGUCGCGGGUGUCGGGCCUCCAAUGCGCGCCUCCACCCUGAGUGACUGCAUCAUCCACCCUGCAUUGGUGAGUGUUUAUUUUCCUCGUCACUAGAUUCCCCCCCCCCCCCCCCCCCCCACACCCUUUUUAGGCCUUUUUGGGCCAUUGUUUUUCGGCACUGUCUGCAAACAGGUCUUAUUCGCAAGAAUGGAUCUCUGUUGCAGGCAGGGUCCCAGAAUCCAUGCCAGAAUCCACGAAUCGGAGAGUCCAAGAGCCGGAUGCGGAACUAGCUGCAUUUUCGCACACUUCCCUCUCCAAAAAACAGGUGCCCUGAUGCCAUGUUGACUGCUGGACUCCGGUCAGAGAACUUCAGACCUCCGGUCCUACAAUAUUUAUGAAACUUUAGAAUUUCAUCUCAAUUACUACGUUUGAAGAGAUAAGAAUUAUAUAAAACUUUUAUUUCUGGACUUUAAGAACUUACAAUGGGAUUGUUUUUGCCUCUUUGUAUUUUUUAUUUAUAUUUGUUCAUUUAUUUUAAAUGAAGCCUUUAAUAAUCUAAUUAGGGUCGGCCCGUAUUUUUAACAUAUGCUAGAGCUCUUUUAAUUAUGUAAUUGCAAUUAUACUUUGUACUUUUGUCUCCCAUUCAACUGUUAUAAGUUUCAUCAUUUAAAUAAAUAUGGAGUAAUUAUAUUCACACAGAAUCACA